UAAAAAAGCAACUUGAUCGAUUCAGUGCGUGGAGCUCGCGUGUAACGACACUGUCGCAUCCAUGUAAUACACAGAAGGGGAUGCUGCAGCUGGGGUGUACGUGGAACAAUGGAAUCCUGAGUACGUGUUCAAUUAGACGAUUAAACACGCAAUGAGUUUGCCAGCCUUGUUUGCCUUGCUAUUGUUAAAAGGCGUGGCCGAUGAUUGCCCGACGACCGGAGGCCAACAUGUGAAGUGCGCUCUCCGGCAGGUAUGUUGGACACGCCCGCUCAACGAGGUGCGCAGAAGGCCAAGCGUAACCUGUAGGAACAUUACACACCCUCGAAGGGCUCUCCUUCCUCCGUCCGCUGAAGACAGGACACUUAGUACGAAAUAUUCAGAUGGACAACACUGUUUACACGUUCUCUACGCAGGGGCGUGCCUUAGGCUUCGUAGGUAUGUACCGGCUGCAAGUACUCGUGAGGGCGUAUGGUGAGGACUCAAGGGAAGAAGCCAGAGCGGAAGGGGGCGGAUAAUGGACUCGUGACGCAAGGUGCAGAUUUGGAUUCAACGACAACAAGUUGACUCUCUUCCUUUCAGAAUUUCCGAGUUCUCGAGUCCCCUGAGAGAGCCAGUCUUCUCAGUUCCUUCGAGUUCAAA